AUGUCCUACUUCGACCUCUCUAAAUUCCCACCGUCCUCUGCCGCCUCUGACGAUGGCAGCGUUUCGUCCCUCCUCAGCAUCUCCCCGCGCUCCAGCAGGUCCAUAAUACUUGACCAGUCCUUCUUUGACGCAGAGGACCCCUCCCCUUCGCCCAGAGGCCUGGCCGAGCCGCCUCCACAACGAUCAUUGCCGGCGAUUAACGACGCUCUCUACUCUGUGCAGGUGAACAACCGCAGGAGGAGUACCAAUAGUAAUACCACCACCAGUGUUAGUAGCAAUUAUGAUAGUGAUAGCAGCGGCAGGAGUGGGAGGAGACCGAUCAAGACGGGGGAGAUGGGCACGUCUUCGGAGAGGGAGAGUGAUGGAGAGGUGAGGUAUCAGGAGAAGAAGUCGAAGCCAAAGCCAAAGAAGAAGGUUUCAGUGGUGAUCAGUGGUGGGGAUAAGGUUAAGAGGAAUGGAGGAAUCCGAAUGGCUCCGCUGAAUGUUCCAAUUAAACGACGACUUCAAACUGCGGCAGUCCUCUUACACGGGUUUACUAUCCCGCUAUAUACCUCACUAUUCUGGUUUCUUUUGGCAAUUCCAUUGACAUGGCCCAUCCUGAUCCCAUAUCUUAUCUACUGCCUCUUCUCGGAAGCCCACUUCGACGGCUCUGCGCCAAGGCGGCGUUCCCACUUCCUCCGAAGCCUCCCAGUAUGGCGUCUCUACACGGGCUACUUCCCCCUCAAACUCCACGCCACGACCUCCCUAGACCCCGCAAAGAACUACAUCUUCACCUACCACCCCCACGGCAUCAUUUCCCACGGAGCCUUCGGCCACUUCUGCACCGAAAACACCACCGGCUUCGAGGGUCUCUUCCCAGGGAUUACAAACACCCUCCUCACUCUCGACUCCAACUUCCGCGUCCCCUUCUACCGCGACUUCCUCAUGUUCAUGGGCCUCGCCUCCGUCUCCCGCCGCUCCUGCGAAGCCCUCCUCCGCGGCGAGGCCGCCCAACCGCCCCCAACAUGGUCUGCCUGGAAACCAUGGACUUGGUGGCGCCUCGUCUUCCUCCUCCCCAUCUUCCACCCGGCACCGCACUACACGGCACCCACCGGCGGCGGCCGCGCAAUCACCAUCGUCCUUGGCGGCGCGCGCGAGUCCCUUGAGGCAAUCCCCGGCCGCAUGGCCCUGGUCGUGAAGCGCCGCCGCGGCGUUCUCAGGAUUGCGAUCCGUGAGAACGCUGGCAUUGUACCGGUGCUCAGCUUUGGCGAGAACGAGCUCUACGACCAGAUGGUCCCCACUGGUGGCGGGAUGAUUGAGAAGCUGCAGAUGUUUGUGAAGAGUGUGGCUGGGUUCACAGUGCCACUCUUCCAUGCGAGGGGUGUUUUCAACUACGAUGUUGGCUUGUUGCCAUACAGGAAGGAGGUCAACACGGUGGUGGGACGUCCGGUGUUCCCGAAGGCGCAGAUGGAGAGUCCCAGGGAUGGGGACCUGGAUGAGUUCCAAGAGAGGUAUCUGGCAGAGUUGAGAAGGUUAUGGGACGAGCAUAAGGAUGUCUAUGCGAAGGGGAGGCUACCGGGCAAAGAGGGCGAGAUGGUGUUCGUGGGUUAA